AGCGGGGAGCCCCGGGCGCCAGCUCCUCGGCGCAGCAUGUUCCAGCCGGCGCCCAAGCGCUGCUUCACCAUCGAAUCGCUGGUGGCCAAGGACAGUCCCCUGCCCGCCUCGCGCUCCGAGGACCCCAUCCGUCCCGCGGCGCUCAGCUACGCUAACUCCAGCCCCAUCAACCCGUUCCUCAACGGCUUCCACUCGGCCGCCGCCGCCGCCGCCGCCGGCAGGGGCGUCUACUCCAACCCGGACUUGGUGUUCGCCGAGGCGGUCUCGCACCCGCCCAACCCCGCCGUUCCGGUGCACCCCGUGCCGCCGCCGCACGCCCUGGCCGCCCACCCCCUGCCCUCCUCGCACUCGCCACACCCCCUCUUCGCCUCGCAGCAGCGGGACCCGUCCACCUUCUACCCGUGGCUCAUCCACCGCUACCGGUAUCUGGGCCAUCGCUUCCAAGGGAACGACACAAGCCCGGAGAGCUUCCUUUUGCACAACGCGCUGGCCCGAAAGCCGAAGCGGAUCCGAACCGCCUUUUCCCCGUCCCAGCUUCUGAGGCUGGAGCACGCCUUCGAGAAAAACCACUACGUGGUGGGCGCGGAGAGGAAGCAGCUGGCACACAGCCUCAGCCUCACGGAAACUCAGGUAAAAGUAUGGUUUCAGAACCGAAGGACCAAGUUCAAAAGACAGAAGCUGGAGGAAGAAGGUUCAGACUCGCAGCAAAAGAAAAAAGGGACGCAUCACAUUAACCGGUGGAGAAUCGCCACCAAGCAGGCGAGUCCCGAGGAGAUAGAUGUAACCUCAGACGAUUAAAAACGCAAACCGAGCCCCACAGACGGACGGCACGGAGCAAAAUCAGAGACAGGGAGAGGAGGGGAAGACGGGAAACGAAAAACAAAAACAACCCUACAAAACAAAAACAAACCGCACACACACAUUCACCGAGACGGGGAGAGGGAGCCGCGGGCAGCCGGCAGCGAGCGCGCGGGGCGGACUUUGGGCGGCGAGGGCGCAGGGUCCUGAUCGAGGCCGCGCCAAGUUGUUAGAGGACAGAGGCUCCUUGAUCAACUUGCACCCCUUGUCUAAAGAGGCAGCUGAGAGAGGGAGAGGGAGAGAGGGAGAGAGGGAUCCCAAUGUGGCGAAGAGGAAGGCGCCCUGACAAGGGGAGCUGUCAGUCAAACGCCAAACCAGCCGGACAAGAUGAUUGGCAGGUAUUCCGUUUAUCGCAGUCCGACUUUUUUUUUUUUUUGGUUAAAAAAAAAGAUGAUAAUGAUGAUAAAAGAAAAAAAAAAACCCAACCAGGCACAGGACUUUUUAUUUUGCACUUCGCAGUGUUUCCCCCCAACCUUUAAAAAUAAUUAGUAAUAAUAACGAUUGAAAUUCCAUAUCCAGCCCCAUCCCACACAUGUUCAAAAACUUGAAUUGCAUGUAGCAGUUGUUGGGCGAAUGGUGUCUGAAGACAGAAAAUGAAUUGUAAUUCUCUUUUCCUUUUAAAGGCAGGUUCUGUGUGCUUUUUAUUUUGAUUUUUUUUUUUUCGAGAAAUGUGCAGUCUGUAAACACUUUUUGAUACCUUCUGACGUCAAAGUGAUUGUGAAAGCUAAAUGGGUAGGCUCAGCGAUAGUGGUCCUCUUACAGAGAAAUGGGGAGCUGGAUGGGGGGGGUCUGGGAGGGCUGGGGAGGGUGCCCACAAGAGGAGUCAGGAAUUGUGUUGGAAAAAAAUACCUAAAUUAAUUGUUUCUUGGACAUUCCCUUUCCUAACAUCCCAAGGCUUAAAAUCAUGAAGUAAACUCCUUUUAGUGGUUGGAAAUAUUGGCUGAGUUCAACCAUUCACUGCAAAGGCCAUUCCAAACUUUCAAUCAAUCUAUUGCAAAAAAACCGAAGGACUGUAGUUAGCGGGGAUGAUAGUUAAGUGUGGCCAAAGACACGGCGGCAAGUUUUCAAGCACUGAGUUUCUAUUCCAAGAUCAUAGACUUACUAAAGAGAGUGACAAACGCUUCCUUAAUGUCUUCUAUACCAGAAUGUAAAUAUUUUUGUGUUUUGUGUUAAUUUGUUAGAAUUCUAACACACUAUAUACUUCCAAGAAGUAUGUCAAUGUCAAUAUUUUGUCAAUAAAGAUUUAUCAAUAUGCCCUCAGA